AUGGAGCGUUGUUCCGUCUGGUCUGAAGAUGGCAUAAAAGAUUUGAAAAAAGCUUUUGAAGACUUUAACCAUGGAACAAUUGUGGAAUGGAGACACGAAGAGUCUAUGCGUUCAUUAGAGGUAAAAACUUUUAAAUAUGUAUUUUGGGCUUUCAAGUCAUGCAUUGAUGGAUUUCAAACAUGUCGCCCUGUUAUUUCAGUAGAUGGAACUCAUAUGUAUGGAAAAUAUGAGAUUAAAUUAUUGAUUGCUGUUGGAAUUGAUGGAAAUGAUAAUACUCUUCCUCUAGCGUUUGCUAUUGUAGACAAAGAAUCGAAAGAAGCAUGGAAACGGUUUUUUAAGAAUUUGAGUGCACAUGUCAUAAAAGAUAGAGAAGAUAUUUGUAUUAUAUCUUAUAGGGCAAAAGGAAUAUUGACAAGUUUGCAGGAGUUGCGGCGAUUUCAGGAGCCUGAGUCUUCCAUCGAUAUUGUAUAA